UUCAACUCUUACGCUACAUUUGAUUCUUACAAAUAAAAACGCCUAUAAAAUUAACAAGUCCAAGGGAUAUUCAUUUACAGAAGAAAUAUAUUUCGCAUUCAACUAUCAACUUGCAUUUGAUAAACACGGAGAUGAACUUCAAAUUCAUUUGAAUAAAAACAGCGUCGCUUGGUAUGUGAAGGUUUCUCUGCGUUGAUUUCCCAAGUCAAGAACCUCACAGUCUAAAACAACUUACGAGAACUUAAAGCAAUCCGAAGCAGCUUAGAGAAAUGGCUGGUAUAUUCAGCAGUCAAUCAUCAUGGUGGUUGGAAUGCAUCAGUUGUCAGAAUCGCGUUGUAAACGCCUCAAAUUUGCGAUUGGCAGAAGUUGGCUCGGAUGGCGGAUUCCACCUCGCACUACAGCCAGAACUGGAACCAAAUAUCGAUUCAAUAAUUGAAAAGCGACAGCAUCCAAAGCCUGAACGACGAAAGGAAGCACCGUUCAAGAUGUACUGCCUGAAAGCAGGUUGUCCUAAGGAUUUAGGUGUGUAUCAGUUGUUAGAGGAGCGAUUCUUCUACGUUUUCAGCUCCAAAUCCGUCCGCUUCCGAUCUGUGAGCGGCGAAGUUGCGAAGAUCAGACGAUGGAAGGAGAGCAAGGCGGAACUUGAGGGAAUGGGGAUUCAGGUAUUGCAGGUGAAGGCUUUAUGGCAAACAAUAUCAAAAAAAGCAGCAGACGAAGCUGGAACACAACAAAUUGCAAACGAAAUGGUUUAUUGCGAAGCGGCAAAAACCUCUGACGAACAAGUGAAAAAACUCGUUCUAGAUACACCUAGAGAAUAUCAAAAAGAAUUAUUCCGCAAAGCGAUGGGAGGUAACGCCAUUGUUUACCUUCCCACGGGAUCCGGGAAAACAUUGGUUGCAUCCAUGGUGAUAAACGCAAUGUUGAAACUUAACCCUGGUAAGAUGGCGGCUUUUCUGGUGCACAGAAUCCCUCUGGUAUACCAACAAAGUGAAUAUAUAAAGAAACAAAACCCAAACAAAUUGCGCGUUGAAAUUUUAGCGGGGGACUUGACGCGUUUUCCCGGCGACAGACAGCACUGGGUCCAAGUCAUAAGAAAAAUUGCACAAAAACAGAUCGACGUGCUGGUCAUUACCGCACAAAUUUUUUACAACUUUCUGAGCGACGAUGACGCAACACUGAAGCUAUCUGAUGUAUCGUGUAUGAUUUUUGACGAGGCCCACAACUGCAAAGGAAACCACGUGUUUGCGCAAAUUAUGCGAAAAUAUUACGACACGCUUCCGGAUCGGUAUAAGCCGCUCGUUCUUGGGCUGACGGCUUCACCAGCCGGCGCAAGCACGAUUGAAGAUACCCGCGAGCAGCUGACGAGCUUGCUAACUACACUGCGGGCUCGGUGUAUCAUGCCAACCUUAUCGAAUGACUUGGCAUUGCAUUGGAAUAAUCCGGUUACUUCAUAUAAGUGCAAACCAUUGAGCGUUACUGAACAGGAUUUGCAAUCAAUACUCGUCAACUACAUUCAAAGUAUUUGCCCGAUGAUUGAAAAAUUGUCAAAUAUGGAGGAAGCUCUCACAAAGACACCAGCGUCUUCGAUCAAUUUCAAAGGCUGUUUACGAACUGUUAUCGAUCGUUGUCAUAGCAAAGAGGAGUACGUACAAGGAUUGGCCCUUGCUCUACACGCGAUGAACAUAUACAGUAUCAUUGAGUUGAAUAGAGUACUGGGACCAAGCCACGCCUACCAAGCACUUAAAAGUAUUUUUCGGGCUGUAGAUGAUGUCAGAUCCCCGAUGGACAUGGUUACUAAACGCAUCCUCGAAACCCAGCCUAGCUACCAAGCAUUCCGAAACGAAAUGAGGAGUUUUUCAAAAUAUUCGCUGGACGUUACCUCAGGCCGUUUCACCGAGCUUUUACAGAUUGUUCGUGAAUUUGUCGAUCACGUGCGUAAAGAUAAUACAAGUCGAGCGAUUAUUUUUGUCCACAUGCGUCGCACGUGCUUCAAGUUGCACGAGGAGCUAAACAAGGACUCCGUGAUCAAAGAGAAAUUAAAACCACUGGCGUGUGUGGGACACGGAAAUGGGUUGGAUGGAAUGCAGUGGAAGGGUGAACAGGAAGUUGUCAUUACGAGGUUUCAUGAGGGUGAUUGUAAACUUCUGGUCUCAACGAAUGUUCUCGAAGAAGGCUUGGACGUACCAGCAUGCAAUUUGGUCAUCCGUUACGAUAGUCGAGGAACCAACCUAAGGGCCUUGGUGCAAAGCAGAGGCAGGGCCGCCAGACGAGCUGAUAGUAGAUUUGUCAUCAUGUGCAACAGCGAGGAGGAGAAACAACGCUAUUUGGAACUUGCUGUGAAGGAAGCGAACAUAGAAAGAGCCGUACGAGAGAAGGUGGCUACAAACAGCUCAACCUCUCAGGCGUCAAAGUUUGGCUGCAAGCAACGCGCAAUUGGUCCGGACGCUAAGACAACAGAGAAAAGAAAAGCCCCGGAUGCGCAUGCGUCAACAAGCAAAAAACCACGCAUUCAGAGACCUAGACGAAAGGCAUGCGCCAUCUUUACUCUGCAUGUCAGUCCUGUAGCGCAAAUGUCAGAAGGUAUUGAUUUCCUGGAAGAUUAUUUUGAUAUCACAAAGUUCAAACCAGAAGGCGCAACCGGAAAAGAGGAGAAGAGAUUGGAGCAGUUAAACAGGAUGCUGAGGACAUUUUUAGAUGUAGAAGAAACCACACUAUCAAACGAAGAAGACAACAAAAAACCAAAAUCUCGAGACGAGCUCAGCCGAGAAAUUGUGAGAAAAUGGUGCAAGGAUGGGCCACAGGAUAUGUGGUUGGAACAGAGGGGGCAGCCUCGUGGUAGAGGAGUUAACGUCCAUCCAUUAUUCCUAACAGGCAUUGGCGUAGGGGAUUUUAAGGACAGGGGCACAUUUUCUGAAGAAUGGUUUAACCACUGCCACCCUGGAGGCAUGGUUAUAUUCGAGCAUGAUCUAAAAAAUGUUUCAGUGGCAUUCCAGAAUCAAAAGGAGGGAAAUAUUUUUAAAGUCGAGUUUCAGUACAAGGAAAUCCAUGAUUGUAUUUUGGUUGAUACGGCCAGACCAGGCCCAGGAAAUUGUAGUAUAUUUGUCUCCUUAAGAAGUGUUCCGCGUGUUUUGGAAGCUGAAAGUUCAUCUAGCAGGGAAAGCGAUAUUGAUGAAGACAGCAGGCUGUUUGAAUUGCUUGAACAAGGGGAGAUCUCAUCGGACUCAGAUGAUGAUUGGUCAAUGGACAGUGAUUCAGACAAUGAGAUGAACCAGACUUCGCAUGAUGCUUCAAUAGUUGACAAGUCCACAGAAGAGCCUGGUACUGAAAUAAUUAGCAAGCUAAAACAAGUUACGAGAUGGAAGCGUCUUAAUCAAAUUCCAAUUGGAAGAUACGGCCAUCACGUCGGUGUCUUUGGAAAUUCUCUGGUUUUGAAAAUUGUUCUUCCAUUGAAUGAAAACGUUUGGGAUAUGUUCCGAACUUUGCGCUGUUACGAAAGGCGUAUCUGUUUUACAGGAAUUCAUGUCGAACAAUCAAGACCUUCGUAUUUUGUCUCGGAGGUCGAACAGCUCGAGCCAAAAGUUCAGUAUGCCUUCCAUUGUUUGAUUAGUCGCCAUCCCUCAGUCAAGCAGAGGAUUUCGAGCAGAUUUUUUGAAGAGUUAAAGAAGACUGACGUGACGAAAUGCAUUAAUGCACUAGCAAGCAUUACAGUACUGCUGGAGGACAACUAUUUCGUUGACCCUGAAAAAACACUUGAAUACUUACUGCAAAAUUCCAAAUCGUUGGGACGUCGAAAGCUUGUCGUCCCCGAAAAUUGCGUGCUUAUACCACGUAUGGUUUUCACUCCGACACGCGAAAUAUAUUUUUCCCACGAAGUCAUGGAAAAAAACCGCGUACUACGAGAUUUUCACCAACUCGAUUUCCUAUGCCUUCAAAUUAGAGAUGAAGAUUUCUCCCGUCUUGCAACGCACACAGGGAACAUUAGUGAUAUUCUGACUCGACUUAAACAGCUGUUGAAAAACGGUGUCGAGGUCGGAGGGCAAUUUUAUCAGUUUCUGGGUUCUUCAAACAGCCAGUUACGAAGUCAUAGUUGUUGGUUUGUAUCACCCACAGAACAACAUAAUUCUGGUAGCAUCAGACAAUGGAUGGGAGAUUUUAGCGGUAUAAGAUGCGUAGCCACACUCAUGGCACGGAUGGGACAGUGUUUUUCAACAUCGACAGACACCAUCGCGGUUUUGCCGCAAGAGACUGGAAUUCAAUUUCAAGACAUCAAUGAUGUCGAAAUCUUUGCUGAUGACCAAACGUACACUUUUUCCGACGGCGUUGGCAGAAUUUCCUCGAAUGUCGCGCAGAAGGUGUCAGUGCUAAUCGACAAGAAGUUGCCGCCAAGUGCAUUCCAGAUUCGGUUUGCCGGCUAUAAAGGCGUUCUGACGACGGACCCUCAAAUCCAGGACAACCUCAUUCAGCUCAGACCGAGUAUGCAAAAAUUUAAGUCCGAGCACCGACGUCUUGAAGUGCUUCAAACAUCGCGUCCUCAAGCUGUUUAUUUAAAUCAUCAGCUCAUAAUGUUGUUGUCCAAUCUUGGUGUGGCUGAUGAAGUCUUUCUUAGACAUCAAGAAAAAAUGCUCGAUUCAUUAGCAUAUAUGAUGACAAAUGAAGAUGAAGCCAAUCAGAGACUAUCAUCCGCAAUCCGAACCGGAAUAAACUAUAAAGCUUUGAGUGAGGUUGGCGUGUGCUUGACCACUGAGCCCUUUUUUAGAUCACUCCUGUGUGCUCUAUAUCGCGAAAAAAUCCAUGGCUUGCUUUCCAAGGCUCGAAUAUUACUUCCUGUAACUGAGGCUCGUUUAAUGAUGGGCGUUAUGGAUGAAACAGGACGACUAAACUCCGGGCAAGUAUUUGUUCAGUACACAGGAAUAAAAUCGGAGGGUGACGAAAAUUUUGUCGCGAAUAACAAGACGGUUGUCAAAGGGAAAAUCGUCGUAACCAGGAAUCCAUGUUUACACCCGGGUGAUGUUCGUCAGCUCGAAGCCGUUGAUGUUCCAGAUCUAAGACAUCUGGUGGAUUGUGUGGUGUUUCCGAGCAAGGGAGCAAGACCACAUCCAAACGAAAUGGCAGGAGGAGAUCUGGAUGGGGAUUUGUAUUUCGUUUGCUGGGGCAAAGAUUUGCUACCGACGAAAUCAGAUUUUGCACCAAUGAACUACAAAGCUCCAAAGAAAAAGGAAGAGUUGGGCCCCAUUACUCUGAAUCAUAUGACCGAGUUUAUUUCAGAGUAUAUCAAACAUGACCAGUUAGGUAUUAUAGACAACACACACAAAGCACAAGCAGAUGCACAGGGAACUGGUGUCGAAUCAGCAAUCUGUCUCCAGCUUGCUGAGAUCCACUCUCUCGCAGUAGACGCACCAAAAACCGGAUUAUGGCAGGAAGUUCCGGUGGCGGCCCGGUUACGAGAAUACCCAGACUUCAUGAUGAAAUCUGACAAGCCUUCUUAUCCCUCUCAAAAAAUUCUGGGAAAACUUUAUCGCGAAUGCAAAAAUUUCCAAGAAUCUAUGAACUUUCGCCCACCUCGGAAAACGGGUCACGUGGACUCAAGAUUUCUCGCGCAGGGUUUCGAGGAGUACGUGGAAUCCGCGCGCGAAACAAUUGCCGAGUACACGGAACACAUCGAGAACGUAUUAAAUCUUUAUGGAAUACAGACGGAAGAAGAAUUGAUGAGUGGUUGUUUUUACAAGCUUCAGAAAAAAUUGGGUCGUGAAAGGCAGCAGAUUGCUGACGUGGUACGCCGAUUGAUGACCGAGCUGCGAACGAUCUUUCGCCGAGCGUUCUUUGUCGAAUUCCAACGCGAUUCCACACCCCUUACUAGCCUAGAAGUGACCACGGAAAUGCAAAAGAAAGCCUCAGCUUGGUAUUAUGUGGCUUAUCAAAGCGAACAAGGCAUGGAGAAUUCUGAGCAAAAGUCAAAACACUUCAUUGGCUUUCCGUGGAUCGUCGAUGACGUACUGGUCACCAUUCCACUAGUCGACCAAGGGUCACCAAAGCAGAAUAUCUCUGAGAGAAAUGCUUAUGCAACACUUGAGAACAGUUUGGGUGAAUUUUUUGCAAAACAAUCGCAGACACUUAUGAAAGGUUACGAACAUCGCCUUCAGGUUAAAUCGUUUAUUAAUGAUGCAAUAAAAGAAAACUCGCGGAUAACUGGUGUGGUAAUGUUUGGUUCUUCUGCGACAUUAUUCUUUGAAGAUACGUCAGACAUCGAUCUUUGUGUGGUGCCUUAUAACGAGUCAGGAUGUCUGUUGCAAAAGGAUGCCCUGAAAUUAGCCCGCAAUAUAAGCCAGCCUGAUCAAAUGAAACUCCUGCGUAAAUUGGAACCACAUUUAAGACGAGUUUACAAUGGCGUGCAUCUGGUCCGGGCCAAGGUCCCAAUAUUUCGCUUAGCUGGUUUGAAAAACAAAGAAUUCGGAUCCAAACUCUGCUCCGACUUGUGUGCAAAUCCAGACGGUUUCCUAAAAGCCAUGGUCGUAUCAUGGUAUAUCCACAAUUAUCCACCACUUUUGCCUUUGUUGCGCAUGCUCAUACAGUGGGGUCGUGAUUCUGAUCUAGUAAGCAAGCGUGAAGGUUGCUUCAUUAACACAAAUGUUCUUGUGUUUAUGUUGUUAUCCUUCUGUGUCCGUGCUGGUUGGGUUGACGAGCCUGCGAUGGAUGAUAUCCGCGACGAUGUGGAAAAUAUUGGAAAAAAUAAGAUCAAAGAUCAAGAGUUGAUAUCGAAAUGGGAAAAUACUCUUAUGCUGUUAAAGAACAACAGUCAAAAUACACCAGAAAGCACUGGUGAACAAAAUCCUGACGACGCCGAUGGAAUGGAAAACAUCGAGGAAUGCCAGCAUCACCACCUUAAAUUAGGCCCCAGGAACACGCCUAUCAGUCACGUGUUACUUGAAUUCUUCCGUCGUCACCAGACCCUUCUUGACUCCAGUAUCCCAGAAGCAUUUGUGGGAAUUCUUGGAGAAGACCAGUUCCAGUCUCUUCUAGGGGAAGGGGACUCGCAGCUACUUCACGACCAAAUGCAAAGGGCUUAUCAUAUCCUUGCACUACAUUGCGACGUCACAGUUUUGCUGGAGGUAUGUUCCUCCAAGUCGCAGGUCUCUUGGCAUCUUACAGAUCAGCUGUCGGCAUGGAUCGCUGGCUCGGAAAAUCAUUAUUCCAAACUUUUUUCCGACAAGUCUGGGGCGAAAGUUCGUAUUAGGCCGCGGAUUCCUGGACUUGGUACUAAUCUUUUGCUAGAGGCAUCAGGCACGGCUGUCGCUUUAGGAGUUCUGGAGACCAUCUUGGAUGAUAAAUCUGCAAGUUUGAUAGCUCAGCCAUUUUCUUGUCUUGGAAUGUGUUUUGUGAGUGAAGCAAAUGUUAUGAUAUUCGAAGGAAGUCAGAGCGAUAAUGAUCCAGUUAAUUUGGUACCAUAUUACGGUCGCUCGCACCCACAUCACGAUUAUCUAGUACGACAUGUCCCAUUAUUAGGAAACGCACCACUGAACACAAGCAUCGUAGACCCUGAAGAAAGAUCUUUCCGAAUAUUUUUUGACAAACUUCUAUGUCAGCUGGAAGUAGUGGCACGUGACUACACGCCCAUUGUGCAUGGCGGGAUUUUGGAAUUCAACGUCCAUUUUGGUCGGUUGUACACGUUUCACGUACCUAGAUCCCUAACCGAGGAGACAGACCCAACGACCGUAAAAGCCGUUCAAAUAUCGCUCAAGAGAGGUUUCGAAAGUAAAGCCGCUUGUCUCAUGUCUUUACAGUCGACGAGCCCGACCAAGAAACUCUUCCGCCUUCCAUUUAAACGCCGAAAAAAUCGAAAAGCAGAACUGCCACAAGCGACUAAAGAUGGCGAAAAGACGACAAGAAAAAACGAAAAAAAGUCGCCAAAGCAUUCGUUUUUUACAAACAUACCAAAAGGAUGUGUCGCCAGUAUAACCAAAUACCUGGAAGGUCGAGGCUUUGCAGAGAAUCCAAAUUUAGGAUCGCCUUAUUUUUUGGUCACCGUCAACGCAGACGAUGGAAGAGAGUGUGACAUCACGUACGAUUCCGACAUUCGCCCGAAGUAUAUCCGAUCUCCGAAAUUAAGAUGGUUUGUCACCGACGUGAAACGGCAGUGGCAAGCACGAUCAACUGUUGGCGAUCGAGAAUUUGACCCGGAAAUGUUAAACGGCUCUGAGUGCGACCUGAGGUUGAUGGUAAGAUCCUUUGAAAACUUCCCUCCCAGUGCUGUUGACAAUUUACCGCAAAAGAAAUUCCUCGACAUACUCAAACCAAAAGCAGGCCAACAAACAGCAAAUGGAUCAUCCUACCCGUUUCUCAUCAACCUCGAGUACAAAAACAACCUUCACAUCAUACGCCAUCACGUGGAGCAACGAGUUUUCACUAACAAUUUUAACUCGGUUGGACAAGACGAAUUUUUGGCCUCAACAACAGUGAGUUUUGAUGAAGUGGACGAAUAUUCAAGGCUUAAAAUCAACGGUCGGUUUGAAAGUGUCUUCAAGAGAUUUGAAAUGACCAUUCAGCCUCAGAUACCAGCGAAUUGGACUUCCAGGGUUGAGAUGGAAAAAUUUGCAAUGAAUAUUUGGACGCUGGCAAACGAAAUAGCAAGACAAGCAUAUCAGUAAAACUUUAAAGCCCUUUCUCCAAUAGUAUAAAAAGUACAACAAAAAGUGGGAAGCGAUCCUACUUUUUUGCGACUAAUUUUUUCGCCGACCAAUCACAUCCUUGGAUUACAAGUUUCACUUCGCAUGAAUAAAUUUGCCUAGUGGAUGAUGGGCUUCAGUAUAGAAGUCGAGGAAUAUUUAAAACGUUUACGAAAAUAUGUAGUAAGUGGAUCGUUGCAUUUUAGCCCAUCGAUAUGAAUAAACCUGCAAGGAUUGCGCAUUUCUGUUGUUCAGGUGUCAAAUUUAGAAGGCACUCGCCUAAUUUGGGAAAAGUAUAAAAUGAAUACCCAUGCACUAUCUAGGUAGUCAUUAAAUGCGCAUUCACAUUUAAUCAUAUCGAUGAUUUGUAUAUAGAACGUUUCAAAGUGUAGCCAGUGUGAUUGAAGCUAAUUUGAUAAAAUAUAAACCUCAUUUCAAUAGAUUACCGUGCCGUGGUCUGAUUUCUGUGGUUGCCUGCGAAUAGGCGUAUAUAGCUUUUUGGCAAUGGUGUUUUUAAUAUUUUAUAGCAAUCAGCAAUAUAACGUGUAAUAUGUAAUUUCUACGUCUGUAAAAUUAAACACCAAAUUUCGAGAAUGCUUUCAAUGUAGCUUACCAUAAAAAAUGAAAUAUAACGAAUAGUCAAUAUUUAGAAGAACAAUUUA